ACAUAGGAACCACUGACGACAACCAAAAUUGUGAAUAUUUCGUUAUAUCUACAGAUACACGUACAAAUUAUUUGCGCUUAGCCCAACGAAAUUGUUCGAUUCGAUUGUGUAUAUUUUUAUGUUAACAGUAAGAACCCAUUGCGAUGGACACGCUGCCGGAUGAGUAUGUGGCCAAGCUGGAUCAGUGUCAAGAUCAGGAGUGCCUGGUGGUUGGCAAGAUGGAUCGCUCCUCGAGGCGCCGGCAUGACCAUGAAGCCAUGAGCAUGGCCGCCGCUCAUGUGGUGGUGGCCACCACGGCGGGCAAACCGAAGCCACCGAAGCCACCUAAGCCGGAGGGCAAAAAGCUGCGCAAGAAGCUCACCGAAUGCGAGCAGGAGAAUCAGUCAAUGGCCCAGGCCAUUCAGGACAAGAAUCAGGAGAUUUUUGCCUUGAAGAAAUCCGUCGAUUCGCUCAACGAAGUUCUCAAUUCGGUGCCCAUUGAUGAGCUGCGCUGCAACUCAUCCAUAGCCAGCACAAAGAUCCUGGAGUUGAGCAAAAAAAACCGUCAGAUGCGCGCCGAACUGGAGCAGUUGAAGAAUCGUUUGGCCAAAAAGGAUGGGCAGAUCGAGAAAAUGGAAAAGGAACUCCGCCAGCACGACGAGAAACUGCAGCAGAACCAGGAUCUACUGAAGAAGGGCUGCUCACCCGAAGAGCUACAGGCCAAGAUCAAUAGUAUGCAGCAGAAGCUCUUCGAGACGCGCAACAAGAACACCGAGCUGCAAACUCAACUGAAGCUGGCCCAAAAAUGCCUGCAGCACGAGAUGGGGGAGAGCUGCAACAUCAACAUACUGGCCAACAAUCUCAAUCAGGCCAAUUGGCGUGGUCGUGCCCAGCAGAUCAUCACACUCACCCAAAAGGUGCAGGAGUUGAAAGCGCGGCUGGAAUCGUAUGAAGAUAGGGCUGCAGAUCGCGCAGAGUAUGCCCCAGUUCCCCUGGGAUGCGAUCUGGACUUGGUGUCCGGCAACCGAUCCCAUUAUGCCAGCUCGGAGAGAUUGGGUGGAGGCGAUGGUGGCACUACGACUGCCAGCUUUGAUCGCUUCACUCCGGGUGUACGAAAAAGUGAGAUCCUCCACCGCGCUAAGGUGGAAUCUCUGGAGAAGGAGAUCCUUAGUCUACAAGCCCAGCUGGAGGAGCAGCGUGGCAAAACACUCGCUCUGAAGGUCAGGAACAAGACCCUCAACGAAGACAUGAACAAGUACAAGAUGCGUUUCAAUGAGCUGGAGGAGCAGACCGACUUUAAUGGCGUCAACAUCAAUACCAUGAACGAUAAGCUCAAUCGCCAGCGGAUCCAGUUUGAGGGCCGCUUGGACGACAUGCGCAGCGAAAUGAUCCGGGUGACCGAGGAGCGGGAUCUCUCCCGGCGCCAGAUGGAGGAGCUGAGCGGCAUGCACUUGGAGCUACAGACGGUGGUCAAGCAGAAGGACGUGGCCAUGGCCAGUCUGCAGGAGAAGAUCAAGAAGUUGGAGAUGGACCUGCGCGCCCUCUCUGGCGGAUUCCUCUUCUCCUGUCGCGAGUUUCGAAAGGAGGAAUUUGUGGGCAUCCUGGAUGCCCUCGAGGUGGAGAAAAACCAGCUAAUGUUGCUGACCAAAACUCUGGGCGAACGCCUGGAGACGGAGCGCACAAAAAAUGAUGCUGCCCAGGAACAGAUCGGCAAGUUGAAGUCUCGUAUCAGCCGGUUGGAGGUGAAGAUCAGGGACUUGGAAAAGGAGCUCGAUGUGCAGUCCGACAAGAAGAAGCGCACCCAGCGAAUGGCCGACUACGCCAGUUCGCUGAGUCGCACUUCUCUCAACGGAUCGAUUGGCUCCUUUAGCUUCGAGAAUCAGUCCCAGUACCAGUCGAUCAAUACUCUAAGUUCAUCCGGACAGUCUGAGCCCAGAAUAGAGGAUCUCAAGAAUCAUCUUGAACUGGCUAAUGAGAAGAUCACCAUGCUGACUGAAAAACUGGAUUAUGUCACCGAGGAGAAGCGUGCUGAUGCCAAGUUAUUUGAGGAGACCAUGAACAACUCGAAAACAAUAAUCCUGGAUACCAUUAAAGCAGCUCGCGAAGGUGGAAUACCAAGCAGCAUAAAUAGUGAACAAACCGCCAGCGAAAGCUCCAUCCAUUAAUUGAGAUGGACAAAC